GUGUGAGUGCCACCGCUGCCACAGCCGCAUUGGAUUUGGUUCAUCGACACGUCGACCGUGGGAUUUACUUUGAUCCCCGAGCCAUCACUCAUAGUUUGAAUCAUUACCUUGAGAGCGCGGAAUUGCCCAUCAGGUACAACUUUGUUCACGCGUGUUAACCCCUCAGCUAGAUCCCAAUAACAUCGGCAUGCCCGAGGCCACCGGGGCCGGCCGAAAUGGCCCAGCUUCAUCGGGAGGAAUCCGUCUGGUUCGCUUUAACGUGUACAACUCCAGUUUUGGGCCCAAAGAAGAGGACCAGUUCAAAAAAAUCAUCUAUUAUUAUCCGGAAGAUGAGACCGAGGACGAUCAAUGUCGGCAUGUAGGUCUCUCCGAAGCUCACAUCAACUUCACGGACGUGUUCUUUCCCGAGGCAACCGGUCGCGUACUCCACGCACAGCGAUAUCGAACCGUCUUCUACGCCGCAGAAGACGGUUACUGGUUGUCCCUCGCGGUGAGCGUCCCGUUUACUCGGCGUCCAAGCACGAAAAACGGGCUGGACUGUAAUGAAUAUCGGCCGGAUGAUGUUCACUCCCGCGUGUUGUUAGCCCAAUUAAAGCACACUUAUGACAUGUUUCGAUUCUUCAUGGGCGGCUUUGACGCGGUAAUGAUGUCGUGCUCAGAAGAUGUGGUGUUCUUCAAGGAACGUUGUCGCACCUUCUUCUCGAAAUUUGUUCCCACGCUCAAACCCGGCCAAGCCGACAUUUUGGACGAGUUCCAAGCGGUUCAAUUCCUCAGCUUGGAGCCCAAGGCCUUCCUGCAGGUUAAAGGCUUCGUCAAGCAAAUUCAGGAUGAGUUUGCGAGCGUGGAGCAAGUCGUGUUCUUUCAACAAGGCAACUUGGUCUGGUCCGAUUUGCAACAGGACGACACCCAAUUACUUUAUCACUAUAUCACCUCGACCCUGCUUCCUCACGCACCCACCCAUGCCACGCCCAAUACCCUCGAGGGCGAAGGAACGCCUCGAAGUCCGUUUUCCGGACAUCAAGGGCGCUUUCUGUCCGGUGGGCCGCCCAAUCCCAACAGUUCCACAUUCGAGGAACCUUUAGUGGUUAAAGUUCACCUUCAACGAGAUCAAGCCCGUCAAGAGCAUCACUUGAUCGUCUACCACGCCCUCAACUCCACAGUUUGUCUAAUGAUCCCCUCGUUCCAAGAACUCACCCAUGAGUUAUACCGCAAAUUGGAUGCCUCACUUGGACCCCAAAUGACGCACAUGUCUGCAGAUUUAAUGGAUGUCUUCAGUCACGCGAGUAAACCCGCCGCCAUUCAUCCACUUCUGAGUCCAGUGAGCACUCCUUUAGAACCAUCCUUGGCCGUGAAGUUUGUGUACUUCAAUAAGUUCAAUCGAGCAAUGAAGAGCACACUUCACAUUCCAAGUCCGAAUUUGCAAGAAGACCCUUUGCUUCAGAGCGAGUUGAAGAAAGUCAUACUGGAUUUGUCAGACCUUAUUGGCAGUGCCAAUGAUCGUGCUUUGGGUAUGCCCUUGGAGUAUUACGUGAAGAUGUCCUCCGAUCAGUGGGUGAUUGGGAAGGCCGCCGAUCAGCGGCAAGUGUAUAUUGUGAUCACGGCCAAGUGUGCCAAUUUGAUGGAUGCCUCUGAAGAGGUGGGACGUAUGUUUGAGAACGAAUUUAAGAACGUUUGCUUUCUGGAACAAUGAUCCUUGUUGCUGCUCGUGAGGGUUGACUUUCGUUGAGACACAUAUGAUUUAUAUUAUGUAUGAAUAAAUGAGGAGCAUUCCUGAACAGCC